AUGAGCAAAACCCCAACACUUUCAAAUGAACUAACAUUAUAUCCUUUUACUUUCUUACCAUUUUAUGAAUAUGAAAUAUCUCCCAAUGCUGCCCCUCAAAAAGCAGCAUAUGAAAAAAUUAAAGUUGCAAAAGCAAAAAUUAUUGAAUUUAAAUCCUUGUUUAAUUUAGCUAUGGAUGUGAGUAUUCAACAUGAUCUUUCUGUUCGAAUACAAGAAAACAAAGAUGUUAUCAAUGAAUGCUCAAAAAAAGUUGAUGCACUUAAACAAUAUACAAAUAAUCAAGCCCGGAUGGAUGGUCCUAGAAGACCAUCAAUGCUUGCACAAAAUUCAGAUCUUCUUGAAAAUAUUCAUGAUUGUGUUGAAUUUAGUGAGGCUGACCAAAAACAUAGAAAAUCUAUAAUUAAAGUUAGAACUAUUAUCCAUUUAAAGAAAGCAUUUAAGGAAAAAUAUAAACUUUAUAUAAGCAAACAAACUUUGUUAACUUAUCUUUGGCCAAAGCAUUCUAACACUUUUUCAGCAAAGUGGCAUCAUCAUCCUGCAAUGGUCCAAAUUUGGUCAGUAUCACAAAAUAAAAAAUCUGAUCAUUCUGAUAGCCAUUAUUGCCUUGCUUCAGUAAAGGGUGCUCGAACUUUUGUUUCAUCAUUUUCUGAUUAUUCUAUAAUCAUUUCUCAAGAUGAUAAAGCAAAAGUUCCCUUGAGGAUUUUGGCUCUUAUACCUUCUGUAUAUCUUUUAAUUAACCCAAAAGAUACAAAUGAUAAUUUUCACUUAGGGCAUCUUUCAAUUUAUAUUUGGCCUGAAUAUUUUGUGAGUACGACUGCAGCAACUCAUAUAGCUAACUUGAUUUUAAUCAUAAAUUCUAAAGAAUAUAAUGAAUUUAUCUAUACAGAAGACAAAGUUAAACCAUUGUGGAUUUUGUUAAUGGAUGGCAGAUCAGACGAAAAUCCAAAACAUUUAAAAAAUAUUAUUGAAUAUUCUGGUAUUGUGUUACCUAUAGAUCAUUUUGGUGCUCAUCUCAACUCACAAGGAAAAGUAAUUGAUGAAGAAUUAGUAAUAAAAAAUUUUCAUUUUUCAGGAGAAAAACUUUGUGAUAUUUGGUGA